UCCCCUCCCGCGCCCCGUAGCGUCUGCGGUUACCAGGCAGCAGCGGGUAGUUACCAGGCGGCGACGCCGGACACCAUGGCGAGGUCUCACCGGGACUGCGUGCUAGCCGCGGCCUGUGUCCAGACCCCCGUGCAUCCCCACACGCGGGGCCCGGCCACCCUGUACGAGAGGCAGGAGGCAGAGAGACAGCGGCUCGGCGACAGCAGGGUGCCCCCAGGAGCAGAGCAGGAUGAUCCUGACUCACAGUCUGACACUGAUGGAAAUGAGCCCUGCAAAAUGUGGAACUAUAAGGACUGGGUAUUGGACAUCUCCAAACUCCACCACUCAGACAAAGAAUACUAUAUGCAGCUCAAGAGACUGAAAAAUGCCCACAUGCACAACAUGGACCAGCUGGAGGAAAUGUAUGAACAUAAGCUGCACCUAAAAGGGACUGAGAACACUGCAGCUGGUGGCAAGAAAGGUUUCCGAUCCACGUGGGAGCACCAACAUGCAACUGAAAUUGAUCUCUGCCGGUGGAAGCAUGAUAUUAGCCACAAUGUCUCCUGCGGCUUAUCAGAAUCUUCUCUAGAUGAGCUGACUGAUGGAGAAGACGACAGUGACACGCAAAGCACUACGUCUGCCAGGGAAAAAAUUGUUCAGAUGUGGAAUGGAUUUACAGUGGAAGAUUACAUCAAGAACACAGGAUUUGAAAAGCAGAGAUCCAAACACAAAACUAACAAAAGCAAGGAAUGGUCACAUAGACUUACUGUCCCUGAACCUUUUGAGAUGACUAUUAGGGAGUCCAAGAAAAAAGAGAUAAAUGCCAAGUCGAAAUCAGAAAUUGAGAUGGAGAACAUCUUGCUGAAGAAGAGGUUGGAAGAAGAGGCAGAAUGUCAAAAGAAGUUUCGCGCAAACCCUGUUCCGGCUUUUGUUUACCUACCACUGUACCAGGAAAUAGUAGAAAGAAAUGAGGAGAGACGAAAGUUUGUCAAAGACAGGAGCAAGGAGAUCCUUUUGGCAUCUCAGAAACCAUUUUGGUUCAUUGACCGAGAAGAGCGCAAGAAGGCAGGGAGAAAAGUGCAACUCACUAAUCUCCCAGAUGCCUUCAACAAGUCUAAGCAUUUUAAAGCCAAACCAGUGCCAAAAUCCAUUUAUGGAACGUCUGUUAAUGAAAGACUAAAAGAAGAACAGCUGUAUCGGGAGAUUAGGAUACAUAUGAGAUCCCAAGAACUUCUGCACAACUCUUUUUAUCCCACCAGCACUCUUGCUUGCAAAAGUCGAAAAACAAGAUGUUAUGAACCAGAAAAGGAACAGCACAAGCCGAAAAUCAAUACCCAGAUACCUAAUUUUGAAGUACUACAUCAGAAUCAACAGAUACACUCCUUAAAAACCAAAAAUAGCAAGCAUGUGACCAUUUGUGACCCUUUUCAGCUACGUACUGCAAACCUUUCAUCCCAUUUGGGAAAAAUUCUCAAGGAUAUUGAAGAAGAUGAAGAAGUUUUAAAGGAGACUCGUUGGCCAUAUAAAUCUCCCAGGAGCCAAUCAUGGAAAAAGUCCACAGGGAUACCUCUACAUGGAGAGCCUCCGGUUGUCACUCCGAGGUCCACAGAAUCUUCUAAAAGAAGAGCGCAGGCUGUUAGGAAGUCUGUUGAAGAGAGAUUAAAAAUGGAAGAUGAUGAAAUAGAGAGACAAGCAAAGAAGAAACAGAAAGAGAAAAUACUGAAGAAACAUAUAAGUAGGAAGGCUAAGGCUCUUCAUCCAGAGCAAACUCAAAAGCCACAUAGUAAAUUAAAAGAAUUGAGGAAAAAUGAAAAACGGAGGACAAAAGAGUACAUGCAGGAGCUGGGCACAAUGAAAGAACGCAUUUCACAGACACCUCUAUUACUGGAAAGGGCAACGCAGAAAAACGCUCGCCUGUGUGCUGAGAAGCAUUACUCCAAUGUGCUGAGAGAUCUGGGGUUAUGUGAUGAUUUUGUGUCCACAAAAGGGCACGCUGCUUCCCUGCAAGACCCUGUCCGUACAAAUGAGGAUGAUGUAAGCUCAGCUGAUGAAGAGAGCAACACAGAAGGGCCUUUGGAGAUAGAGGACUUGCAGGAAGAUGGCAGUGCCCAGGAUGAGGACAGGGUCUAUAGGAAUGAAUCUGAAGAUGAGAAGCCAGAAGAGUAUAGCAGUGAUGAAGAUCACAGUGAAAUUGCAAUAUAAUACUUACACCUCUGCUGAAUGCUGGCCACACUGGGAUAGUGCUGGCGCUGUCACGAGGUACCAAAUAGUAUUGUACAUCUUGCCACUCCAUGUUCCCCCGCUACUUUGGCUGAUGACUAUACAAUGCAUUGAUGAAGAAAAUUGUCCGAUCCAGAUUACCACCCAGACAGAUCAAUCCUGAUCUAACUGGAUCCUAUUUUCAUCAAGAUGGGGCCAGAUGCCGCAGUAAUGCAAUUUAGCAACCACCAUAUGGACAAAGCUGCACGCAGAUUUACCAUUAGGCAACAAAAAGGUCUCUAAUAGCCAUUUUACAACAAUUGCAAUGCAUUGUUGGGAGUAUACAACUACUAAUCAAAAUAAAGGGCACAGUCGCUUGUUCCUGAUGCAAGGUUAGUUUAUUAAACUUCUGUGUGGCGUCACAGUUUGGUCAUUAUCGCAGUAUCCAAUUAGAGGCCGUUUUGUUCGGCCGAAAUUGGACCUGCAAUCGCAUAAAAACACAUGGGAUUGGGGUUUAGGCCCCAAUCCCUUAUGCUAUCGUGGCUCUGGUGGCCCCUUAACGCAGAUUAUGCUUCGGGUGCCUGAGGCGCCCAAAUCAUAAUCCCCAGUAAGUGGCGGCAUUGGAGAAAAAGAUGGUGGCAGUGGGGCUAAUAGGAUAGUACCGAAUCUACCGCUACUAAUAGAAUUCCGUCCAUAGUAACUUAAUUUUUUAUAUUUCUGUCACACCCUUUAAUGUGCAUAGGGGUAUAUUCAAUUGAAGUCGAAAACUGCCAUCUGUCGAAAAGACGGCAGUUUUCGACUUUUUAAGGUCGAAUCCUAAUUCGACCUAUUCAAUAUAUCCCUAAAUUUUUCGACAAGUCGAUGAAUUCGACUUGUCGAAAAGCACGUGGAUCGGCGUAAUAGCUGCCGAUCCACGUGCUUGUGUCGAAAACUGGGCCAAAACCGUCAGGAUUUGGCCCCCUUUUCGACCAUCUCAGUCCGACAUGAAAAAGAUGUCGGACUGAGAUGCGGACCCAGAGGAGGAGAA